AACCAGAUCUGGGUUUUCUCUCAAACUUCAUCUUCUUCCUCCUUUCCUCCUCCUUCCUCCUUUCCUCCUCCUUCCUCCUUUCCUCCUCCUUCCUCCUUUCCUCCUCCUUCCUCAUCCUUCUUCUUUCUUCUUCUUAUUCUUUCUUUCUCUCUCUUCUCCUUCUUCUUCUUCUCUCAAACCCAGAUCUGGGUUUUUCUCAAACCUAGAUCUGGCAUUUCAGCAACCUCGCUUGCUCGUGGCACUGCUACUUCGACGGCUCAAGCUGGACACCGUAAUUCCCUAGCGGCCCAAGAAGAAGGUGGUGGUUGUAAUGGGGCCGACCAGAGCCGCCAAGUCACGGCUCUCCAUCGAACUCGCCACCUUGUUUCCGGUGGAGAGCAUAAACUCAGACAAAAUACAAGUGCAUGAAGGACUGGACAUUGUCAUUGUCACCAAUAAAAUAACAGAGGAAGAACGAAAAAGAGUUCCCCACAAACCUAGGCUCCGAAUCGAGUCUCUGCUAAGGAUUCUGUGAUGGGUCGCGAGAGCAAUUCGACGAUUGUCACCACGGCCAACGGGAAGAUAAGGACCACGACAGUGACAGCUCUUGCACCAGGAUUUCAAUUCCACCCGAUUGAUGAAGAGCUGGUCAACGACUACCUCAAGAGGAAGAUUUUGUCUAAACCCGUGAGGUUUAAUGCCAUUGGUGAGGUCGAUAUCUACAAGCACGAGCCUUGGAACCUCGCGGGUAGUCUUCUAUUUCUCCCUUUUAUCUAUCUGCUCAUUUCCCAUUUGUGUUUGCUCUUCUGCUUGUUUAUUGUUCUACCAUGCUCCGAUAUGCUUCUUUGAGUUUCUGCUUCUCCACGCCCAGAUUUCGAUACAGCGUCCGGGUCUGCUCGACCCGAUUACUGGUUCGGUAAUGUUUCAUAAGGUUGAAUGAGAGGGAUCUAAUGUUGAUGGAGGAGAUUAUACACGCCACCAAAAAGGGUACCAGGUUGUUGGACAU